AUGUGGUAUCUUGUGCUACUGGUACUUUUCACGAGUGCCGCAGCAGCAAAUUCGUUUUUACCGGUAACGGAUUAUUGCUCCAGCACGGUAAAUCUGAUUUUUGCAGAAUUUGUCAAACGUUACAUGCGAGACGCUGAGUACCUCACGGGAAUAGAAACCCACGACGUCCAGGAUGGGCUACCAGCCUCACUGCAAUGUAUACUGAACUCAAUUAACAAACCCCUGGUGCUGUACAGUUUUGACGAAUUUCUAAAAGUUGGCAGUAGAUCCACCUUCAGCAGCGCCAAUAUAAACGGAUACUCCCGGUUAGAAACAUUUGUUACCAGAGGAACGUAUCGAACGUUCAAAGAAUCAUUAAUUCCCAGUGUGGCAAGAUUGAAUCCUCUCGCUCAAUUGAUUGUGAGUGGAAGAUACAUUACGAAGGAACAAAUUGUCAAUCUUUUUCGCCUAGCAUGGAUCGACUAUUCCAUGCCUAAUGUAAUUUUGUUAAACCGAGUGGAUAACACGUCUUAUGAAUCAUGUGUAUUCAAUCCAUUUCUGACGGAACCGUCUACGAUUGAUGGACGAAAUAUCCACUGUCACGCUAUGCAAUCUCUGGAUGAGGUUAGACUGAACAUUCACCGCACCAAGCAGAUAAUAGUCGAUCGGGUUCAAAACCUACAGCAUUAUCCUUUACGGAUUGCAAUUGCGAACGUCGAACUGAUGUCUCAACCUAUCUACAACAAAAAUCACACGCUCGUACGUUUCUGUUAUCUAGAUGGAGAAAUCGUAGAUAUAAUGAAGCAGACGAUGAACUUCACACCGAAAUUUGUUAUACUGCCCAGCCAGUUAUCGACCGGGUUCGUGUAUCCGAACGGCUCCUUAGGAGGUUCCUUGGAACUGAUUGAAAGCGGUCAGGUUGACCUGGCUGCCAACACUCGCAUCAUUCACAUCUACCAGACCAAAAACGUCCAGUAUCUGCAGUAUUUGAUGACGACAAAGCUGGUUUUCAUUGUUCCGAAAAAUUUCUACCAAUCUCGCAGUCGUGACCGUGUAUUCUUUAACACUUACACGUGGUCUUUUUAUGCCGUCAACGUUGUUAUAGCUGUUACCUUUCCGAUGAUACUGAAAAUAGUUGAUUACAAGCCGGUUGAAGUCCGCAAGGAAACCUACAUGGCAGCGGUCAUGCACAUCCUCGCCGUAACUUUAGCCGUGUCCACGAAACUACCGAAACGUUCUAACGCGCGAACAGCUAUCUGCGGAAUUUUGCUGUACAACCUGGUAUCGUACUCGAUUUGGCAGGCUGUUAUAAUAAAACGCCUGAAUACGAACAACGAUAAAAUGGAUGAUAUUCAAGAUUUGGACGCACUGCUGAGUAGCAAUCUUGAGCUUAAAGUGCCGGUAGCUUACGGGCAGUUCAUUCGUCCCGACAAUGCUGAAUACUCCACAAUGAGUACCCUGCAGAGGAAACUAUACCAGGAAGCAACCGUGGCAAACAAUAACGUUACCGGAGCCGUUCUGAUUAGUGAUAUGGUGCAGUUUCGUUCAUCGGCCGUACUAAUCCAUGACAUUAGGUCCGAUGUGCUGAAGUCACGAUUUUACGACGACAGGCAGUUGCGAAGUUUUAUCCACGUGAUCAACGAGCAUGUGUUCGAGUUUUCCACGACGAUGGCACUGCCGAAGAACUCUCCGUUGGUGGAUCGUUUCAAUCAGAUCACGACCCGUUGCGUGGAAAGUGGAAUAGUAGCGCAUCAGCUGGCGAAGAUUCCACUGAAGGGGUAUCUGUAUCAGAUCGAAAGGAAUCGGAAUAGCAGCAGGAAAGGGUUAGAUGGACAGGCGGAUGGUGCGAAAAUAUUCGACAUGCAGGUGUGGAGAAAUGUGUUCUAUUACUAUUUUGCUUUUAAUGCUGUGGCAAUCGUUGUGUUUUUGGGUGAAAUUUUUACGCACAGGGUGUUUCGUCUGAAGCAAGCUCAACUUAAAGAGCGUCGUAAAGAUGAAGCCAUUGGAAGUAGGAAACACAUUAGAAGGGUUGAAAGUAAAAUGGCACAAAUUAUGCAGGCACGCCGUCUAGAUGUUCGUUAG